AUGGUCACGACUGUAUCGGCCCCUGGCAAAGUGCUAAUUGCUGGUGGUUAUCUUGUAUUGGACCCUGCUUAUACGGGCCUGGUCCUAGCUACAAAUGCCCGCUUCUACACCAGCAUCUCGUCGUUCUCCUUGUCUGGUGUGUCGCCGCAGGUCCGCGUUCGUUCCCCACAAUUCCAGCAGGCAGAAUGGAUUUAUGACGUACAUGUGACUGCGAUGGAUCGACCUGAAAAUACAGCUGAGGCUAUGACUCUUGUUCAAAAGACCGAUGCCAACCCCUUCGUGGCCCUGGCUUUGCUUUACUCACUUCACGUGGCAUUGGAAUUUCAUGGGGUUGAGCUGGCCCUGCAAAAGCUACAGGGUGGCAUGGAUGUUGUAAUUGCCGGUGAUAACGACUACUAUUCUCACCGCAUAGAUGGAAAGGCGCCUACGUUCGAACAAUUGAGUGCACUUCCGCCCUUCUCGCCUCAUUCAAGUACCUUGGGUGAUGUGCACAAAACAGGACUGGGGUCGAGUGCGGCUAUGACCACAUCGCUUGUGGCCGCGUUGCUUUUGCAUCUGGAGGUAGCCAAGCUCGACACGUCUUCCAGCGAGAGCACAAUCACGACUGAGUCUCUGGUAUUGAUUCAUAACGUUGCACAAUUAGCGCACUGUGCAGCGCAAGGUAAGGUAGGCUCUGGCUUCGACGUUUCGGCGUCCGUAUGGGGCAGUCAGUUGUACCGUCGCUUUGAUCCUGCUCUGAUCAAAGACGUUAUGCGCACAGAAACAGGUCAUCGUAUUUGCACACCAGAUCAGUCUCGCCCUGCUUUGCGCUCUUCUCUUUCACUUCUACCGGUCUUGGGCUCCUCCAAUCCGUUAUGGAUACCCGUGGCACCAGCGGAUUCCACCCCCACAGCCGUGGAGGGCUUGCAGAGCCUGCUCAAAUCCCCACAGACGUCGUCCUCCCGUCCCUCGCCUCUGCUUCUACCACCGGGGGUUCGCAUGUGCUUGGCCGAUGUCGAUACAGGCUCGAACACUCGAACCUUGGUUGGCAAGGUAAGCGAUUGGCGUGCAAAAGAUCGCGUAUGGGCCGACCAACUGUAUAAAAUUAUCGCUGCUUCCAACCAAAGUGUCGCAGACGGCUUGCUGCAUCUGCAUCUCAUGUAUGCAAUGAACCAGUCUGCCUACAUUGACGCAGUGACCACUUUGGCCACUAUGCCAUCGUCCGAAUGGGAUGCACACUGCCAAGCGAAUCCAAAUGACACCCUUCAAGCCUUUAUUCAAGUGCGCAACUCUAUGCGGUCUGUGCGUGCUGGCAUGCGUGAGCUGGGCACCCGGUCGGGUGCGCCUGUUGAGCCGCCAGAGAUGACGCGUUUGCUCGAUACCACCAUCCAGCAGGCUCACGGGCUUAUUGGUGGCGGUGUUCCAGGCGCUGGUGGAUACGAUGCUCUGUUCCUCUUGUUCCUCGAUCCCACCGUUUUUCAUACGUCCAGCCCAGCGCCAAGCCGAGCCCCUGCCGAAGUAUGUGCCAUUUGGCAGGCGUAUACAGAGCUGAGCGUCGGCCCCCUGCUUUGCGGAGCGGAUGAACCUGCUCGACGUGUUACACCCUCUGGCAAUACUGCUUCUUCCUCGGAGGCUAUGAUGCAUGUAGCUCAUGCUCUUGCCCAAGCGCCUGCAGGUCUUCGUGUCCCAUCCCCUGCGUCUGUGCGUGGUUUGCAGCCUUUCAUAGAUCUGUUGGCCUAA